CCGAGACUUCUUCUUGUUGGGCUUGCCCUGGCAUGCCUUGCCAAUGCAAUCAACAAUGACAUCGUGGAAAGGUAACGACAUCUAUAUCGGCAGACGAGAGUGGCAGCAGUAUAUCCCACGGCGUCUACUCUACAUGAGAAAACUAUCAGCUUGCUUCACUACAUUCUUUAUCCCAGUCAAGCUAACCAGACAUCAAAACGCCACGCAGACCAACCAUUGCCGCACCACCGCCAUGGCGAGGAUCAGCAGCCCUAUCCUCCUCAAACGCCUACGAGACUCCAACCUCCUCCGCAGACGAAUACUCCUCUCUCGAGCCAUAUUCAUUCUACGACACAGCAUAUCCCGUCCCCAGCGUCUCCUCGCCCACGCCUCAUCCUCAAUAUUCAGCCAUCGUAACCGUCCGAACAAGCACAUGGGUCCUCUCCCGCUCGACGACAAUCACAAGCAUCAUCCUCGAGACGUACUACUCGACUCUAACGGACAUCGAAAGCCCGGUCGAGGCAGCAACCGUGACGGAGACGACGUCCACAGAGUGUACAACCGCGUCCGGCUAUGCUUCGGUAUAUGCAAGCGGAUGCUCGUCGUCAUCGUCAUCGUCAUCGACUUCUUCGUCGUCGUCUAAGAACAUGGUCACGGUGACGUGGUCGCCAGAAGUCACUGCCUAUCCUCUGCCUUCAACUGACAAAGGCAAAAGUCCAGCUUCAACAUCAGGAUCAACAACGACGACAACAACAACAGAGACAGCAUCCAGCGGGAAGGAAACUCCGCCUGUGGUUACAGGAGGAGCACGCUCUGCUCCCCAAGCAGCCCAACUCCGCACUUUCGGUGUCGUAGCGGCGCUGCUUGCCAUGCUGCUCUGAGACCCCCUGCACCAUUCUGUCAGUUGGUUCACUUUUCGUCUUUGCUUGCCCA